AUGAUAUUCCGCAAGUUCUGGCAACAUGAUCCCCCGAGGUUCAGGGGUGAGCACGACCCUUCUACUGCUGAGUUGUGGCGCACUGAGGUGGAGAGGAUAUUCGACACCAUGCAGUGUCCGAGUGAGCAGAGAGUCUUGUUAGCCACUUUCCUUCUGCAGGGCAAGGCUUGGCAUUGGUGGUCAUCAGUAUCGAGGAUGGCUGGGCCCAAUUUUGUUUGGAUUUUGGAGGAAUUCGUGGUCCGCUUCGACCAGAAGUUCUUCCCUGAGCAUGUUCGUGAUCAGUGGGCUAUGAAGUUCGAGACUCUAGUCCAGGGAGAUAUGACAGUGUCUCAGUAUGAGGCCCGUUUUGUAACGCUUUCCAAAUUCGCUCCCUAUCUUGCCGACAACGAGAGGAGGAGGGCUCGCUGUUUCCAAAAUGGUUUGCAUCCUGCUCUCCGCAGUCGCGUGGUGGGACAUUACUUGAUGACGUUUGAUCAGGUCAUUCACAGAGCGUUGGUAUAUGAGGAGGACUGGGCCAUGUCCUAG